AUGGCGACUUCGGACUAUGUCGAAGCGAACACGCCCAAGAAGGGAGAGCUCAGAGACAAUAGUGACGUUGCUGUGUUAGAACACACUCCCAGUGUGAUCUCGAAGGAUACUGCCGCACACGCCAAGUCAAAUGGAAAGCUGGUGUCUUUGAGCGACUUGCUGUCGUUUGCCGACGACAAGGACCAUUUACUCAUGGCUGCCGGUACUAUUGGUGCUUUAGCUGCUGGAAUGGCUCAACCUCUGCAGAUUGUACUGAUUGGAGAUGUGCUCAAUGGGCUAAACCCCACGGAUUCUUCGUCAAGUAUCGUGGGGAAGGUCGACGAUGCCGUGCUCAACUACGUCUACGUCGCAGUCGUCGCCAUGCUCGCUGGAUUCCUUCAAGUUGCUUGCUGGUCUACCACUGCGUCACGUCAGGUGAAACGGAUCCGCGGGGCGUACGUAAGGUCGAUUGUGACGAAAGAGAUGGGAUGGUUCGAUGUGAACGAGCCAAUGCAGCUCUCCACUCGAAUCGUUGAGGCGGCGUUGAUGAUUCAGGAAGGAAUGGGUCGCAAGAUUGGCGACGGUCUGCAUAGCUUGUCAAUGGCUCUGACUGGAAUUGCCAUUGGGCUGAUCAAAGGAUGGGAAAUGGCUCUGAUUCUGAUGACGUUGAUGCCCUUUGUUGCGUUCACAGCCUUCCUGUCGAUGAAGGUGAUGACUAAAGCCACCCAAACGGGUAUCGAAGCGUACGGACAGGCAGGUGCCAUUGCUCAAGAAUCCCUAAGUAAUGUGCGUACGGUGCACACGUUCAACGCCUGCCAACAUUUCAUCGAUAAGUACAAACGUGCAUUAGACUCGGCAACUCGAGCUGGAAUCAGCAAAGGUUUUGCUGUUGGAUGGGGAACUGGUUUGAUGUUCUUCACAAUGUUAUGUACCUACGCGGCUGGCAUGUUCUACGGAGCAUACAAAGUUGCCAAUGAUCAGCUAGACGGAGACAAGUGUACUGGGUCUGGAUGCUACGACGGUGGGCGUGUUGUUGUGGUUUUCGCUGCAGUUUUAACUGGAUCAAUGGCAAUCGGGCAAGCUGCUCCCAGUGUAGAGGCCCUCGUUGCAGCAAGAGCUGCGGCCUACGAUGUUUUCCAAACUAUUCGUCGUGCAUCUCUCAUUGAUCCACUCAGUGAUGAAGGCAAGAUUCUGGACAAAGUGUCGGGGGAGAUUGUGAUCAAGAACGUAUCGUUCGCAUACCCUUCUCGCCCAGACGCACAGGUGUGCAGCAACUACUCACUGACAAUCAGAGCUGGAGAAACGGUGGCUCUUGUCGGACCAAGUGGGAGUGGAAAAAGCACGAUCGUUUCGCUACUAGAACGCUUCUAUGAUCCAUUGAGUGGAGUCGUGUCCAUUGACGGCGUAGAUGUGCGUGACUUGAACGUGAAGUGGCUUCGCCAACAGAUUGGGCUUGUCAACCAAGAACCUAUUCUGUUUCCGACAACCAUUAAGGAGAAUAUCCGCCACGGAGCUCCGUCAGCAUCGGAUGAACAGGUCAUGCAAGCAGCGAGGAUGUCAAAUGCAUUCGACUUCAUCGAAACUCUUCCACAGGGCUUCAACACCGAAGUGGGAGAACGAGGUACACAGUUGUCUGGGGGCCAAAAGCAGCGCAUCGCCAUCGCUCGAGCCAUUGUGAAAAACCCACCGAUUCUUCUACUGGAUGAAGCUACCAGUGCCUUGGAUACCGAGAGCGAGUACAUAGUGCAGAAGUCUCUUGACCGACUACUCGCUGCCUCCAGACGAACUACAAUUGUGAUCGCACAUCGGUUGUCGACAAUCCGGAAUGCAGACCGUAUUGCUGUCCACGAAAAUGGGUCCAUUGUGGAGAUCGGAUCGCACGAUGAGUUGAUGAAAAUACCCGAUGGCCACUAUCGCAAAUUGGUUGAAUUGCAAAGUCCUUCUAUCGAAGUUGACGAUGAAUCAACAGUGUCUAACGGACCACGGACGCUCGUCCAAGACACCACGACUGGUAGCCUGACAAUUGCAGACAACAAGUUCGUGUUGACUGCUGGAGAGGAUACGACAUCUCCGUCUUCUAAUGUGCUUUCUAGAGUCCGGAAGAUGGCUUCUCCCGAGUGGAUAUUCUUGUUUGGAGGUGGCCUUGGCGCCAUUUUGAAUGCGGGUGUGUUCCCUGCAUGGGGAGUCAUGAUGGCAAAGAUUACAGUGCUCUUCUUCGACUACAGCAAGACCGAGCAUGAGAUGGUUCGUGACGCACGGUACUGGUCGUUGGGCUUCGUUGCUCUAGGCGUAGUCUUCGGUCUCUCGAAAGUAUUGCAGCACUAUUGUUUUGCAGUGGCGUCCGAAAGACUCAUCGCGCGUGUUCGCCUCGCGGCCUACAGCGCUAUGUUGCGUCAAGAUAUUGGCUGGUUUGACAAGCCUGAAAAUGCUUCUGGAGCUCUUCUCGCUCGUCUGUCCAGCGAUGCUACCACGCUUCUGGCUCUGACGUCCGAGUCAUUGAAUCGAUUGCUGGUGAACGUGACGACUUUGGUGAUUGUGUUUGCUGUCUGCUUUUAUUUUAGCUGGCAAAUGACUCUCAUCCUCUUGGCAGUGGCACCACUGCUAACGAUAUCCUCCUUCAUGGUCAACAUGUCCGUAGCUGACGGGGACUCCACUUCAAAGAAAAACAACGAUGCUGACGUAUCUGCUGGUGCUCUCCUCACAACGGCCAUCGACUCUAUUCGCACGGUUGCAUCUCUAGGCAUGGAGAAAGAGUUGAGUUCAAAGUACAUAGAGCUACUGGAGGUGUCCAAGCAAACGGACACGAGAGGUGGUCUUGUCGCUGGAGCGGCAUUCGGCUUUUCGCUGGGAAUGAUGCUUCUCGUUGCGGCACUUCUCUUCUAUGUCAGCUCGCGGUGGAUCUCGCACGGCACCAUCACGUUCGAAGACAUGUUCGCAGUGCUCAUGGUCUUCUCGCUCAGCUCCUUCUCCAUCGGAUCCGCGGCACAGGGAGCUACCGACCCGAAGAAGGCGCAGCAGUCAGCAGAGAAUAUUUUCGAGAUCAUUGAUCGCGUUCCACCAAUCGACGCUCUGUCGACCGACGGCAAAUUGUUUUCUUCUGUUAACGGUAGUCUGGAGUUCCGUGACGUGCAGUUUGCGUAUCCGUCGAGACUGGGGGCCCAGAUCUACAACGGAUACAACUUGACGAUUGCUCCUGGACAAACGGUAGCUCUCGUCGGGGCCAGUGGAUGCGGUAAGAGCACAGCAAUUGCACUGCUGGAGCGAUUCUAUGAUCCUCACACUGGAUCUGUGAGUCUGGACGGCGUGGAUCUCCGCCAUUUAAGUCUCCCUUGGCUUCGUGACCGGAUUUCACUUGUGAGUCAGGAACCCGUACUCUUCGCUGGAACAAUUGCCGAAAACAUAGCUCUCGGUAAACCCGGUGCAACCCGCGAGGAGAUCACUCAAGCCGCUCAAGAUGCCAGUUCUCUGGACUUCAUCCGCAAUCUCCCGGACGGGUUUGACACCAAUGUUGGCGAUCGCGGUGGCCACAUUUCGGGCGGCCAGAAGCAACGUAUUGCAUUGGCGCGUGCCAUCGUGCGAGAUCCAGACAUCUUGCUGCUCGACGAAGCGACAAGUGCACUGGACAACGAGAGCGAAAGAAUCGUGCAGUCUUCACUCAAUCGGUUGCUGAAGCUCAAACAGCGCACGACAAUCAUCGUGGCGCAUCGGCUUUCAACGAUUCGCAAUGCUGAUCUCAUCGCUGUGACGGAACAGGGGGCAGUUGUCGAGAUCGGUACUCACGAUGAACUGGUUCAACUUCCAGAAGGCAGAUACAAGCAACUGCUCGCUCGGCAAGCCAAUCAAUCGUAAUGACGAUGGCGACCGAGAGGCUGAGAUCAUGUCGCCAUACGUUCAUCACCAACAAUAAUACAACUGCAUUAACAAGGACGCGAUACUUGUAAAUUUCUAACGAACUCAUACAAGG